AUGGCCAGUCUCAUCAACAUUCUGGGGCUCAUGUUUAGUGUAUACUUCUACACGUGGCUUCAUCCUGAUCUAAAUGCUAAUGUUCGAAUAGGACUACAUCGUUUCAAGGUGGAUUGGAUAAUUUACAUCGGAUCAAUUUUUUGUUUAUUCCUGGGAGUGUGUGUCAUUGCACCGAAGUACACUCGUCGCACCAAUGCCCUUGCUGGAAAUAUUGGAAUGGCAGUUUGUUCAGUUCUUGUUGUUCUGAAUCACUACUUGUUGGAAAUUAAAUGGGCGUGGUCAGGAUUACUGUACAUGACCAAUAUCGUAUUCUAUAUAUUGUUCAUGGGAAUGGCUAUGAUGGGACAAACCGGCACGUACUACUACGAUAGAAACCGAAUCAUCAGUAUUUCAAUUCCAGUCGUUUCUAAUAUUUUCGUGACUGGAAUGUUGAUCAGUGUGAUUCAGGACACGGGCUUCGCCGACACUGUUCCAUGUAUUUCUUUCGGAAUUCACACAUGCAUGGCAAUCCUGGCACAAGUAUGCGGCCCACGCACUGAAACAUGGAACUUUUUCGAGUUUUUGAAUUAA